AUGGCAUACGAAAUACAGGAAGUACAUAUUCGUCAUUGUAUGCUUUUUGAAUUUCGCAAGGGUAAUAACGCUACAGUUGCGACUAAGAACAUUAGUGAUGUUUACCCAGGUUCAUUAGAUGUUCGCAAAUGCCAAAGAUGGUUUUCCAAGUUUAGAUCUGGGAAUUUUGAUCUUUCUGACGCCCAUCGACCAGGAAGACCAAUGUCAUUAGACAACGACGUUCUAAGGGCAGAAGUUGAAGCAAAUCCAUGCCAAACCAUCGAAGAAUUGUCGAACCCCCUUAACCAACCUUGGUCGACCAUCCAAGAACAUUUACACCAGAUAGGAAAAAUCAGCAGAGCAGGUGUUUGGGUCCCCCAUAACUUGUCAGUGCAAAACAAAGCCAACAGAUCAACCACGUGCAAUGCAUUGAUUCAACGGCACCAUGCAGAACCGUUUCUUGAUCGUUUGGUCACUGGAGAUGAAAAAUGGGUCCUAUACGAUAAUCCAAAACGCAAAAGGCAUUGGCUCUCCCCAAAUGAACCAGCACGCAGUACUGCAAAGCCGGGAUUACACCCCAAGAAGGCGCUCCUGUGUGUUUGGUGGAGCAUCCGCGGAAUCGUCCACUUUGAAGUGCUUAUUCCUGGACAAACUGUUAAUGCGGACCUUUAUUGUCAACAAUUGGAUCGAGUGAACCAAGCUCUAGUUGAGAAUUACCCGGCUAUCGUCAACAGAAAAGGUGUCAUUCUUCAACAUGACAAUGCAAGGCCGCACUGUGCACGAUGGACGCUAGAAAAAAUUAAUGAAUUGGGAUGGGAGGUGCUGCCCCACCCUCCAUAUUCACCUGAUAUCGCCCCUUCAGAUUUUCAUUUGUUCCGAUCCUUACAGCACUUUCUAAGUGACAAAAAAUUUCAAACUUUGUACUGCUUAAAAAAUGGCAUCUCCAGAUAUUUUAAUGACAAACCAAUACAUUUUUUUCGAUCUGGUAUAGAAAGUUUGCCCGCUCGAUGGCAAAAGGUUGUGGAAAAUGAGGGUGAUUAUAUCAUUUAUUAA